AUGAAGGAUAUUGCUUUUUUCUUUUUACCUGGAGGAAUAAUUUUAUCUAUUUUUCUAUUAAGUGGUGUAGCAAUGCUUCAAAGUUUAGCUAUAUCUCUUCAAAAAAAAAGUAUUAAUUUCCAAAUUCAAUCUCAUAAAAUAAAUAUAUCAAUAUCAUCUAUUAUAUCCUUAUAUUCAUUAUUAAGAUUAUCAUAUACAAUUCUUGAAUUAAAUAAGUACAAUAAUGAAAAAGUAAAUUUUGAAAAUAUUAAUUCUCUUAAUUUAAAUAGAUCUUAUUUAAAAAAAAUGAGACUUCAAAGAAACUUCUGGAUUUUAUUAUUAUGUUCUAUAACUUGGAUUUUUUAUAUUCGUUUUACCUAUUUGCUUAAGUAUUACAGAGAAAAAGUAAAAAAAAGUGAUCAAGAAUUUGAAAAAAUAUUAGAAGGAAAAAAAUUCAGAGACAAAAAAUUAGAAAAUAAAGAAGAAUUAGAAAACAAGGAUGAAUUAAAAAGUGAAAAUGAAGUAUUAACAAAUGAAGAUGAAUCUAAUGAAGAAAAAGAAGAAAAUGUGGAUGAUAAAGUAAAAUCAUCAAUUCUUGUUGAUAAAAAUAAAAAGAAAGUAGAGUUAAGACAAAGGCGUUGA